AUGUCAGAGCAGGCCGAGCGAGCGACCGACGCGGUGGGAGCGCCCUCCGACUCUGACGACUCCGCGUCGGACGCCGAGGUCAUCGAGCUCGACACCGCCGCUCCGUCCCUCCUCGAGGACGGAGCGAGCGGGCCGGCCUCGGCCGCCGCCGCACCGCCGCUCCUGCAGCAGUGGGGCUGGACGCGGGACGGCGCGCUCUCUGGGUACGUCUUCGGGCGGGAGGGCUUCCGGCAGGGCGAGCUGAUGACCACGUCCACCAUCGUCGCUGCCGGGGACCCGCCGACGCCGCUGCACUCCCACCCGGCGCUGUGCGAGGGCGAUGCGGCCGUCACCAAGUCUGGCUCGACGUACCUUCUCGGCGUGCCUCGGCACGAGCUCGGCGCCGCCUCCUCCGCCGCCGAGGCCGUCCCCGACGGAGGAGCGGCGGCCGCGCGCUGCGGCGCGGACGUGCGGCGCUCCGGCAGAGCCAAGCUCGCGGCGUCGCCCCUCGACACCUUUGGGUGCGGACUGAGGUCUGUGCCGGGCACCGCCGCCAUCGCCGCCCUCGCCGCCGUCAGCGGCGGCAGCCGCGGCGCGGGCGGCGCGGGCGGCGCGGGCGGCGCGGGCGGCGGCGCGGGCGGCGGCGAGGCCGACUCGGCGGCGGGGGAGGAGUCGAUGUAUGUGGCAGCGUGCAUCGCUGAGGUACCGAUCCUUGCCGCAGCGAGGCACGAGCGUGGGCGGGGGCACGGCUCCGUCCUGGUGGCGCUGCUGGCCCUCGCCGCGGCCGACGCUCCCUCCGCGCUCGGGUACGAAGACAUCAACAGCGCGGGGUCCUUUAAGCUCGCCGCCGACGGCCGGCGCGUGCCGAUCGCGCGCGUGCCGAUCGCGUAUUCGCCGGGCGAGCGGAUGCAGAUCGGAGUGGUGGUGGAGGUGCGGGGGCGCAUGCUGAGCGAUGCGGAGUACGCGGAGGCGAGCGACACGCCGUACACCGUUAAUCAGCCGGAGGUGAGCGACACGUCGUACAUCGUCUCGUACGACGACGCGACCUUGGCGCUCAAGCGCGCCGCGGGAGAGAACGCGCUCUUCUUCGACCCGACCUGCUGUGAACGGCGUCUCUUCACACCUCUAGCUGCGCCCAACUUGCAGCUCGUCUACCACCCGCAGCCCGACUUGUCUCAGGUCGCAAAGCACGACAUCCCUCCCAUGGUCGAGCUCACCUGGAACUACGGCCCGCACUACGAGCUGUUCACACCUCUAGCUGUCGAGCUCACCUGGAACUACGGCCCGCACUACGAGCUGUUCACACCUCUAGCUGUCGAGCUCACCUGGAACUACGGCCCGCACUACGAGCGCCCGUGGCUUGACGCGCAGGCGGGCGAGCCCACAAACUAG